AUGGUGGGGCCUUCAGGUGGAUUAAAUUCACUGGGACCUUUCAAUGGGGACCAGGGUAGACGAGGUGGGGUAGGAGAAAGUAGAAGAGAGGGCGGAAGGGGUAACGGGGAGGUGGAGGGAAGUGGGUUCCGAGGGGAGACUGAAGGUGAGGAUGGAUGGGAGGGACAGAGACCGAGGGGGGAAGAGGGUAGAGGAGUCGAAGGAAGGGGGAAUAGAGGACAGGAGGCAAGGGGGAACCAGGAGGUUGAAAGAAGCAGGAACCGGGGAGGGGGGAAUGGAGAUGAGGAGGGAAGGGGGGGACAGAGGCCGAGGGGGGAAGAGGGUAGAGGAGGAGACGAAGGAGGUCCCUCUCAUAGCAACCAUCAGCGACAGCAGUCGCAGCAGCAACAACAGUCGCAGCAGCAACAGCAGUCACAGCAGCAACAGCAGUCGCAGCAGCAACAGCAGUCACAGCAGCAACAGCAGUCACAGCAGCAACAGCAGCAGCUGCAAGAGGAGCAACAGGAGAAAAAGAAGCAACAAGAGCAGCAGCAGGUGAAACUGACGGAACAGCAGGAGGAUAAUCGGGCAGCAGUGGAGGCAGCAGGUGUGGGGAUGGCGGAGCAGCCAUGUGGAGGCCACGUGGCAGCAGGGGUGGGGGCAGCAGUGCAGCCAUGUAAAGACCACGUGGCAGCAGGCGUGGGGGCAGCAGUGCAGGCGUGUGGAGGCCACGUGGCAGCCGCCCUGCACAGCCAGGAGAGGCUAGACGCGGCCCUUGGGAGGCUGGCGGCUGGUAGGGUUUCUAUCCCCAACCCUGCCUCGCCUGCACCUGAUCCACCCUACCUACCCCUACUUCUCUACCUGACCACUCCUCUCUACACACUAUUUCUUACCUUGUUUGCCUGUUCUACCACCAUGCUAGAGCUGGACGGCAUACUGGAGGGGCUGCCCAUGCCAGUCAUGCCGCCAUGCAUCACUCGCAUUGCCCCAACCCUUUCCCUCAGUUCUCUCCAGCCCUCUGGCUUCCCUCCAUUCCAUCCGCCCUUUACACCCUUUAGAGCCACGCCAGUAUUGCCACCGUGCACCACUCGCAUAGCCAAUUCCCUGGCCUACAUUGCUCUACACAUACCCGCCCUGUUUGCUCUCUAUGCCAUCCUUGCGUGCCCCACCUCCAUCAGAACUGGAUGGCAUACUGGAGGGGCUUCCCAUGCCAGUCAUGCCGCCAUGCACCACCCGCAUUGCUGCGAUGCAGAGGAGAGUGCACGCGCUCACCUCCUCGCUCUCACGCAUCCACGUACGCUUCACACGGCCGUCUGUCUGGCCUGCCAUGUGUCUCACCUCCUCCUGCCUUGCUGCGGCCAUGCAGAGGAGAGUGCACGCGCUCACCUCCUCCCUCGCACGCAUCCACACGUGUGCCUCACUCAGACAUGGUAA